CUCAAAGGCGUAAAAGGCCCAGGGUGUGCAUCUCAGGGGAAGCUGGCCAGGGAUACGGGAGCAAUCACUAUGGACCAGAAGUCUCUCUGGGCAGGUUUAGUGGUCUUGCUACUUCUGCAGGGAGGAUCUACCUGCAAACUGGUUUGUUACUUUACCAACUGGUCACAGGACUGGCAGGAACCAGGAAAAUUCACCCCUGAGAACAUUGACCCCUUCCUAUGUUCUCACCUCAUCUAUGCGUUCGCCAGCAUCAGUAAAAACAAGGUCAUCAUCAAGGACAAGAAUGAUGUGAUGCUUUACUAGACCAUCAACAGUCUCAAAACCAAGAAUUCCAAACUGAAAAUUCUCUUGUCCGUUGGAGGGUACCUGUUUGGUUCCAAUGGGUUCCAUGCCAUGGUCGAUUCUUCUACAUCACACUUGGGGUUUAUCAAAUCUGUAAUCCUGUUUCUGAGGAACCGUAAUUUUGAUGGGCUGGAUAUAAGCUGGAUUUACCCAGAUGUGAAGGAUAACACUGAUUUCACUGUGCUGAUUCAUGAGUUAGCAGAAGCCUUUCAGAAGGACUUUGUAAAAUCCACUAGAGAAAGGCUUCUCUUGACUGCAGGAGUGUCUUCAGGGAGGCAGAUGAUUGAUAACAGCUAUCAGAUCAAGAAAUUGGCAAAAAUCUCUUCCUUUGCUUUUGGCACUCUGGAUUUCAUCAACCUCCUGUCGUUUGACUUCCAUGGGUCUUUGGAAAAGCCCCUCAUCACUGGCCACAACAGCCCUCUGAGAAAGGGGCAGCUAGACAGAGGGAUGAGCUCCCACUACAAUGUGGAAUACGCUGUGGGUUACUGGUUAAACAAGGGAAUGCCUGCAGAGAAGAUGGUCAUGGGCAUCCCCAUGUAUGGAUGGUCCUUCACACUAGCCUCUGCAGAAACUGCCUUGGGGGCCCCUGCCACUGGGCCUGGAGCUGCUGGGCCUGGAGCUGCUGGCCCCAUCACCAAGUCUUCAGGCUUCCUGGCCUAUUACGAGAUCUGCCAGUUCCCAGGAGCCAAGAUCACGAGGCUCCAGGAUCAGCAGGUUCCCUAUGCAGUCAAGGGGAACCAGUGGGUGGGCUAUGAUGACAUGAAGAGUGUGGAGACAAAGGUUCAGUUCCUAAAGAAUUUAAACCUGGGAGGGGCCAUGAUCUGGUCUAUUGACAUGGAUGACUUCACUGGGAAAUCCUGCAGCCAGGGCCCCUACCCACUUGUCCAAGCUGUCAAGAGAAACCUUGGCUCCCUAUGAAGGCUUCACUUACAGCUGAACAGGCAAGGUGACCUCGCUGCCUGCUCCCUCUCCCGGAAUUCUUGUGUGGGAUUGUUAGAAGUUGGAAGGGGCCCUGCAGUCUCUUUCCUCCAAGCCUCCUCUUGACUUUCUCUCCGACUUCAGGCUGGGCUUAGCUUCAUUCUCCCGCAGCUGCGGACUUGUUGCCCUGAGGCACAAUAAAAAAAAUCAUUUUGCUCUCCCAAGUAUGGGCUCAUUUGUGCAAUCCUUGACCCUGUGGUUUAAGGCUGUCCUGUCUUUAUUUGUGGGGCCCAGGGCCAGGGUACAAACGGAGGCUUGCGUAUCAUAAGUUUAAUGUUUAAAAGAGCUAACUGUUAAAGUAUGAUUUAUACCCCUGAAUUAACAAAAAUGAUUUCACAACAGCAUAGAAGAUCAGGCUUAACUUUACAAUUCUCAGAUUUCUCAGAAUUCUGUACCAAUAUGUGGCAGC